UUCUGUUUCUUGCUUCUUAGAGUCCAUUUAUUUUUUCUCUGGUCCCAAAAUUUUUCGUAGUAACUUUUUGGAAUGAAAUAUUUCGGCAGCAUUUUAACAUUUUUCUUACUCUUGGCAAUCGACACAAAACCAACUGCGGCUGUCUGUGGCUAUGAGUCUUGUCCUGAAACAAAACCAAACCUGGUCAACAUUCACUUGGUGCCACACUCCCACGACGAUGUUGGCUGGCUGAAGACGGUGGACCAGUAUUAUUAUGGCCACAAAAACGAUAUUCAGAAUGCUGGUGUCCAGUACAUAAUCGACACAGUCGUCUCGGAGCUGAUCAAGGAUCCCAAGCGUCGCUUCAUUCAGGUGGAGACUGCCUUCUUUGCCAAAUGGUGGCAGGAACAGUCAGAGGCAGUGCAGCAAAGUGUCAAGAAAUUGGUCAACGAAGGUCGCCUGGAGUUCGCUGGUGGAGCUUGGAGCAUGAACGAUGAGGCAGCAGUCAAUUAUCAGAGUGUGAUUGAUCAGUUUACCUUGGGGCUAAAAUGGUUGAAUGAAACUUUUGGAGCCUGUGCCCGUCCCCGCAUUGGCUGGCAGAUCGACCCUUUUGGUCAUUCCCGUGAGCAGGCCUCGAUCUUUGCCCAAAUGGGCUACGAUGGAGAGUUCUUUGGCCGCAUGGAUCACAGGGAUAAGAGCAAACGUAUGGAUAAGUUUGAAUUGGAAAUGAUUUGGAAUGCCAGCGAGUCACUCGAUCAAAUGGAACUUUUCACUGGCAUGCUGUACAACAAGUACUCGCAUGUUCCUGGCUUUUGCUUUGAUUCGCUGUGCAACGACCCACCCAUUAUUGACGACAAGAGCUCUGAAAACAAUGUGGAAGUCAGGGUGCAUGAUUUCAUCAAUUAUGUGCAGCUCCUGGAGACGCACUACCGCUCCAAUCACAUCAUGGUGCCAAUGGGUGAUGAUUUCCAUUAUGCAAAUGCCCAGAAAAACUAUAAAAAUAUGGACAAACUGAUUAAAUAUGUCAAUCAACUUCAGUUCAAGUACCAUGUCUUUUACUCAACCCCAAGCUGCUAUCUGAAUGCCCUUCAUCAGACCCUUGCCACUUGGCCCAACAAGACGCAGGACUUCUUCCCCUAUGCCAGUGACUCCAACAGCUUCUGGACAGGAUACUACACCUCCCGACCCACCCAGAAACGCUUCGAGCGCGAUGGCAACCAUAUGCUGCAGACUGCCAAGCAGCUCAGUGUCUUUGCCGAUCUGAAGAGCGAGCAGCAGAAGGAAGACCUCGAUUACCUUCGCCAGAUAAUGGGAGUAAUGCAGCACCACGAUGCCAUCACCGGAACGGAGAAGCAGGCGGUGUCCAACGACUACGAUCGACUGCUCUACGAUGGCAUUAUCGGAGGAGCCAGCAAUGCUCGGGAUGCUCUGCGAGUGCUGACCAACCUGCCAGAGGGGGAGUUCGAGAGCUGCCUGCAGCUGAACAUCAGCGAAUGCGCCUUCACCCAGGACAGUGCUGACAAUGUGGUGGUGACGCUGUUCAACCCAUUGGCCCACACCUCCUCACAGUAUGUGCGAGUACCCGUGAAGGAGGAGAACUACCAGGUGACCGACGAAAAAGGACGAGUUGUUGCCUCUGAGGUUGUGCCAGUGGCCUGGCCAGUCCUGGCUCUGGAAUACCGCCAGAACACAACUCAGCACGAGCUCGUGUUCAAGGCAUCCGUGAACAAGAUCGCCAGCUACUUCAUCAAGAAGGUCGACAAGGUAGAAAGCAAGGAAAUUGUCAUACCAAUGGCUGACAGAAAGCCUAUGACGCAACUCGAAAAGAACUUGGAAGUGCUUAAGCGAUUCAAGAAAGCCCAUCCCAUGAAGAAUGUGGAGACUCACGCCGAUGAUGAUUCCGAAACUGUGGUCCAGACAUCGCAGAUCAAAUUGGUGAUCGACAAUAAUACGGGUCGCCUGAAGACCGUUGAGAUGAACGGAGUGUCCGAGACUAUUGACCAGAACUUCGCCAUUUAUGAGACUUAUGAAUCCGGCGCUUAUGUCUUCCGUCAGAAGGAAGACGUUGAUCUGAAAUUCUUGGAAGACAAGGUGGAGUUUACAGUUUACGAUGGAGCUCUGGUGAAGGAAGUGCAUCAGCAGUUCAGCGAAUGGAUCUCCCAGGUCAUUCGCAUCUACGAGGGUGUCAACCGUGUGGAGUUCGAGUGGCUCGUCGGGCCAAUUCCAACUGACGAGGAUACCGCCAGGGAAAUUGUGACAGUUUUCGAUAGCGAAAUCUCCUCGAACGGCGUCUUCUACACUGACUCCAAUGGUCGCGAGAUGAUCAAGCGUGUAAAGGAUAAGCGAGAGGACUUUAACCCUGAUCUAGGCAGGCAGCCAAUUAGUGGAAAUUAUUACCCAAUCGUCUCCCGCAUUGCCCUGGAGGACAGCAACAAGCGCAUUGCUCUGCUCAACGAUCGUGCCCAGGGUGGAACGAGCAUGCAAAACGGACGGUUGGAGCUCAUGCUCCAUCGCCGCCUUAUUCGGGAUGAUGGAUAUGGAGUGGGAGAAGCCCUCAACGAGCAGAAGUACGAGAAACCCCUCAUUGCACGCGGAAAGGUCUACCUGAUCCUCAACUCUGUGGAGGAAUCGACCAAGGUGGAGCGAGUGGCCGAGAAGGAGGUUCUUUUGCCCUUUUGGAAGUUUUUCAGCAGUUACAGCAAAGUGAACAGGAAUGCUGCUGCCAAACCAUUGCCCGACUUUAAUGUCUUGCCACAUUCGGUGCAUUUGCUUACCCUGGAACCCUUUUCAGAGCAUGAGGUUCUGCUGCGCCUGGAGAACUUCUUGGAUCACAUGGUUAGCUUCAACAUACGCUCGAUCUUUGAUGACUUGGGCGGUGCGGAGAUCCGGGAGACCACCUUGGAUGGCAACCUGCCACUGAGCGAGAUGAAACGCAUGAAAUUCCAGCACGAUGCUGCUGGCUCUAGGCCCAAAACGGCCGAGUACUUCACAUCGCAGCACAAGCCCUUGGGGGCGCAUAAAUCACGGGCGGACUCCGAGUUCAGUGUCAGCCUGAAGCCCAUGCAAAUUAGAACAUUUAUCAUAAGAAAAGAGUAG